UUUUAAUUCAUCCUCUCUCAAGUCAAUAUCGUCAAAUGACGCCACACCUCUUAAUCGUAGCUUCGCUUGCUGUAAGCAUAACUCUAGUAGGGGCUAUCGAAGACGACAUAAACAAUGAAGAAUUAGAGAAAAGGGCACCGGGAUGGGGAAAACGAGACGCAGACUCGGGUAGCAUUGGUUACAUGGAGAACGUUUUAGCUGAGUUACCUGGGUAUCAGACCGACUUCACAGAAAGUAACAUUGGUCUUCAUAAGCGACGACCAGGUUGGGGCAAGCGCUCGUAUAACUUGGACUUGGAAUCGACUGAUGAAGAAAAGCGCGCACCUGGUUGGGGAAAACGGAACAUUGAGUAUCCAGACAUGGAUAGUAAGGUGGACAAAAGGCGACCGGGAUGGGGCAAGCGUGACGUGGACCUAGACGAGUUUUCUCUCAGCAAACGUAGGCCCGGCUGGGGCAAACGCUCGGACAAUAACAAUUUAUGUCAGAAUUUUAUCAACGAUAUACGCCUAUUGCGGAUAAAGCUAAUUGCGAUGACGGAGGAGCUUCCAGCAGUCUGUCCGUACCGCAAUGAAAUGGAGGACAAAAACGAAUAGAUCACUAAUCCAUUGACAAGCCAUCAAACCGGCAUCGGGGCAUCGAUUAAAACAACAGUUGAUUCAUGUUAACAAACAUUAGAAUUUUCACAAAUGAUAACUUUUGUACUAAAUAUACACCCUUACAAAGUAAUUGCAGUUUUUGCAAUAAUAAUGUUUUUGGUAAAAUGUAUCGGGUUUUUUCAUCCAUGAAAAGGAAAUCAUUAGCGCUAUCGAAUAUCUCAUUUGUACCAUUUCAUACCUAAAAAAAGCAAUAUGUAUUUCUCACCUUCACAAUAAACACAUUUGAGGUAAAUUAACACCAUUAACAUUCAUAAAAAUAUUGUAAGAGAACAAUUAAUUGACUCAUAUUUGUUUGGAAUUGUUAGAUGAAGAGAUAGUUUUAACAAUCAAAAAUACUAGUACACGAAGUUACUUUCCAUGGGCGUAGGCUUCAAAGAAAACACUACCAUUACAAUCGAUGAGAAUGUCGUGUACUGCAAAUGAACACGCUCUGUGUAUUAUCAAAUGUUCUCUAGUCUCUGCUUUGCAUUGCAGUAUGGUUUUAUAAUGAACUCCUUAACAUUAUUUUUGUAUUGAAAUAAUGGAAGAACAAGAAUAAUAUGUUUGGUUGAAAUAAACAAUUUCUUGCCAGUCCCAUUCAAUUUGAUCUACAAGUUGUAUUGUAGUUCCAUUAUAUUUCUCUAGCAUUGACCUUUUUACAGAUUUACACAGAUUUCGAAAAUUAACGAAUGCAUAUAUAGAAGCAAGGACAAAGGAUACAUAGAGCAAUUAAAUUAGUUUUGCUUGUCGAUGUGUAAUAGUGAUUUGAAAAUAAAAAUAUGAAUAUAUAUUGUAAUUCAAAACGAUGGAAAAAAAGGAUUGUUUCUGUUGGUUUAUUUAAGACUGCUGACAGAACUUGUUAGUUCAUAUCAUUGACAUUGUCCAGUAAAUUCACUGAGUAGCAAAUGACAGUUUUCUUGACAUUGUCAAGUUGAUACACUGAAAAGCAUAUGUUAGUUUUCAUUGGCAUUGUUCAGUUAAUACACUGAAUAGUAUAUGUCAGUUUUUUGUUGACCUAAUCCAGUUAAUGCAUAUGUCAGUUUUCCAUGACAUUGUCCAGUAAAUA